AUGGACAAGGUUGGUGCUAUCUUAGACCCAUCAAUGGAAGCAGCCUUAGCUGCAAUGUAUGAACAAGGGAAAAACGUUCAACUCAAAGGAAAGAUAACUAUUGCGGAACUUGAGACAAGGAUAUGGAGAGAUCGCAUGCUAUUGAAGAAGCUUAAGGGAGAGAGGAACAAGAAAGAGAAGAAACAAACAUGGGAGCAACUGAAAAGAAAGACAAUGUCUCGUUCACAAGAUUGUAUACUAAAGUACAUGCUGAAGAUGAUGGAGUUUUGUGAUGUUAAGGGUUUUGUUUAUGGCAUAAUUCCUGAGAAGGGUAAGCCAGUGAGUGGAUCUUCUGAUAAUCUUCGUGGUUGGUGGAAGGAAAAGGUGAAGUUUGAUCGAAAUGGGCCUGCUGCAAUUGCAAAGUAUAAUGAAGAAAGUGCAAAUCUUGGGCUGAAUAUUGAUUUUUUGAAUGAAGAAGAGGCAUUAUCUCAUUACACUUUGCAUGAUCUCUCUGACACAACUCUUGGGUCACUCUUAUCAGCUUUGAUGCAACAUUGUGACCCACCACAGAGGAAGUACCCUUUGGAGAAGGGUAUUGUUCCACCAUGGUGGCCCAAUGGGAGUGAAAAUUGGUGGGCUGAGAUGGGCUUUUCCAGUGCCUUAAGCCCACCUCCUUAUAGGAAGCCUCAUGAUCUAAGAAAGGCUUGGAAGAUAUGUGUACUAACAGCUGUGAUCAAACACAUGUCCCCUGAUAUUGAAAAGGUAAAAAACAUUGUUCAUCAUUCAAGGACUUUGCAAGACAAGUUCACUGCCAAGGAGGUUGCUAUUUGGCAAGCUGUUAUGAAAAAGGAGGAAUCAUUGGCUAGAAAUUUGUACCCUGAUAUGUUUCCUCCAAAUUUUGAUGAAGGUGGAAAUGGGUCUAGAGUGGUUAGUGAGAGAGAUAAUUAUGAUAUAGAAAGCAGUGGUGACAAUGAAGAUACAUUGGGAGAACAUAGUUUUGUUUUGCCAUCGGAUCAUGGUGCUAAGAGAAAAGCUGAACUUGUUCAGAUAACUUCUCAUCUUGAGGCUUAUACUUGUCCUAACCCUCAAUGCUUUUAUCAUGAUAACAACAUUGGUUUCAGUGAUAGGAAUGUAAGAAACAAUCACCAGUUGAUAUGCACAAACACAGGGAAUAAUAACAACAACCCUGUUCAAAUUGUUGGAGAACCUCAGUUUAAUAAUAAUGUUGUUCCUCAAGCUGCAGCACCAGUUGCAAAUAAUGAGACACUUCCUACUAGUGCUGGUUCAGGUGAAACGGUUUCUAAUUUCAGGAACAUCUAUGCUACAGGAUUUCAGCUGAAGAAUAACAUGAGUGGUGCAAACAUGGUUCCUGCAGCUAAUCAAAACCUUCAGCCUCAGAUGGACAACAAUCUCUAUGAUCAAAGGGUUGGUGUCAAUGACUACAAUGCUGCUUCUGAAAUAGUAGCUAAUGUAUCAUCAAUGCAUGAAAAUGUCACAUCUUCAGUUGAUCCUGCGUUUGAUUUGAUGGCUUUUAAUUCCCAAUCUGAUGGUAAUACAUUCAAUUAUAAAUUUAUGCCAACACCAAGGAAUGAUUUUUCUUGGCUAUACCGUUAA